AUGUCAAACACACCUAACGGAUGGAAAAAUACAUCUCGCACUACGGAUUCUUCUUCUCAAAAUCAUCCGUACUCGCGUAACUCAGCUGCAAAUAAGGCUCUUCGAGCUUUUGACCAGUUUAAAAAGUCGCGUAUGUCUGGGGGGUUCCACAAUAAUAACUUUAACAACAAUAGGCAUCAUCAACCUCAUUCUAUGGACAGUGCAGGCAACCCGAUUUCUUCGGCUGCUUUGACCGAUCCUAUGACUCCAGAGCAGUACGAUGCUGCUAUUGCGUUACAACAAAAAGCUUACCAUGAUACACCUGUAUUCUCUUCCUCUUCUUCUUCUUCCUCCUCUACCUCCACCUCCACAUCUACUAACUUGUCCUCUAGUUCGUUGGUCGUGGGGCCUGCAGCUCCUCCCGCUAAUAGUAAUAGUAGCAGUAGUAGUACCAAAAUAACUUCUACCCAACCACAAAAUCUUACAGUCAAGCGUCAACGUGCUGGUAUGGUUUGGACCGACCCAUCGCUACUGGAGUGGGAUCCUUCCCAUUUCCGUCUUUUUGUUGGUAACCUUUCAGCCGAAGUUACAGAUGAGAUGCUUCAUCGAGCUUUCAAGUACAACCCAAACCCUCGUCCUGGAGCUUCAGUGAACGAGGCACGAUUCCCCAGUCUAACAAAAGUACGCGUAGUUCGGGAUCCAAAGAACCAGUUUCGGAAUAAGGGCUAUGGGUUUGUGGCAUUUAGUGAUCCCAAGGACUAUUUCCGCGCGUUUAAAGAAAUGAAUGGCAAGUACGUGGGGAACCAUCCUAUUCAGUUACGCAAGGCAACAACAGAGAUUAAACCGGUGAUUUCAGGGACUCCAAACCAUGCGAAAAAGAAUAAAAGACCGAGAGAUGAGCCUACAGCCCCAAUGCCUAGCACUGCAGAGGCUGUGAUGGCGUCAACUACUAUGAAGACAACAGUGUUUAAAAAGAUCAAGAAGGAUGAAGAAAAGGUCAAUAAAGAGGAAGAAAAGAAGGAAGAAAUACAAGAAAAGAAGGUGGAAAAGAAGGAAGAAGUGGCUACAGUGGAAAGUCCUUCGACAGGAUCUGUUCCUGGUUCUCCAGCUACAGUAGAUCCAGCUGCUGCUGCUGCUGCUGCUCCUCGCAAACGUGGAUUCAAGCGGUCAACAUUUGUAAGUAAAAACUGA